UCUAUAUCUACAUAUACAUACAGAAAUUAUUAUAACCCUAAAUUUUAUUUGUAUUACUAAUCUUCUAUAUAUAAAUCCUGGAAAAGGGUUUGCGUUCUUGAGACUGCAAUAAUGGAGAGGGGCUUUCUCGGUUUGCAGUGGAAAGAUUCAUGUCAUCAGAAAAACAAAAAUGCAUUCAAUGAUUCAGGGAGGCAGCUUGGUUUCUUGAAGGAUUUGGCGUAUACACUUCCAAAACCUGCUAAUAAUUACCAAGAAGAAAUAAGUUCAAUUCAAAGAACACGUACAAGUCUUCAUGACGCCAUUAAUUCUCCACCUUCCUCUUUCCCUCCUUUCGCUCUUCCUUCUCCACCUGUUCUAAUUCCCAAGAAGAAAUCCACUUGGAACUUCCCAUUCAUGUUUGAAUCAGUUCCAUUACUGGGUACAUCAAAUAAUGAUUUAAGACCAUCAAAUUCAGGCGGUCAGUUGACAAUAUUUUAUGCAAAUGAUGUGUAUGUUUAUGAAGAUGUUACCCCUCACCAGGUGGAAGCAAUUAUGGAAUUAGCCAAAAGUGGUUCUGGGAAGAAGAAACAACCAGCUGAAAAUGAAGAACAUCAAACCAAAAAACAAUGCCCUGAUCCCAACCCAGCUGCUACCUCAAGAUCGCAGCAGACUUCGAGAGCAACUGUGCCUCAGGCUCGUAAGGCCACACUGGAACGUUUUCUACACAAGCGGAAGAACAGGUUGAACAAAUGGGUGCCUUACAAUUCCAUGCAGAAGAAACCAUCUCUCUGCUUCAAUGUUGAUAUUGACUUGGAGUCCUUUCCAACACAGCAUGAAUGCUAAACUCCAAUCAAUUUAUUUUUAUCUUUUUAAUAUUAUUAUUUUAAUAAUAAAUAAAUAUAUAUAUAUAUACAUAUGUGUGUGUGUAUAUAUAUAUAUAUACAUGAACUUUAUUAAGGUUCAAGCCUCUUAUGUCAAGUUCAUUCUUGUUUUGAGUAAA